AAAUUGUUCAUUACUGACAAGAUCUUCGAUCUCAUAAAAAGGGCGUUCACUGUCAGUGGGAACAUGUGCUCCAAACAAAAUAACUCCAGAAAAUAGUAAAAAAAAAUCAGUAUUUUAAAAAUCAACCAUUUUUCUGAAACACUAAGAAAAUGUGCGAUGUGCAGAGGCUGAUGGAUGGCCUCGUACAGACUUUUAACAUAUCCAAGAAGAGGCGACUCCAAGAAAUGAUCCAGAUCUUGAAUGAGGUGCGUUGCUGCGAGUGCGGCCACAAAACAAGGCUUAAGAAUGUCCGGAAGAUCAAGUCCGGAUGUCCAACAUCCUCAUCCAAAGGUCGGACACGUUAUCUCAUCGCCGCCUGUUUCGGAUUGCUGUUUCUGAUCUCCAUCUACACGGUCCACGUGGCUCGGAGAUAUAAUCAUGUUCGGGCAUAUGGCAGUAGUGCCUGCGGAUCGACCUUCUUCUACACCUACACCGAUUGCGAUGUUUUCUACUAGUGACUGCAGUAUCAAAUUUGACUUACCGACGCUUAUAUUUGUAUUCACAAAAAUUUUAAAUCAUUUCUGUUACAUAUUGGUACUCAACGAAUCUUUCCAAAACUUGCUAAAUUGAAUUUGCUCAAACUCGCAUUUUUUCGGAAUGUUCAAUUUAAAUUCAUACAUUUUAAAUUAAUUUUAAUAUAAUUUUUCUGGUUCCCAAAAUGUAGUUUUUGAAGUUUUUAGAACGACCUAUGCGAUAAGAAAAUAUGUCACAUAUGUAUGUGGUUCGCCAAUU